AAUGGGCCGACUGUUGGCAAUCGUCAGCCAAUCGCGUCCAGGAAAUUGUUCGGUGGGUGGUCCCUGGGGGGCCGUGGAGGUUGGCGGCUGUUGAGCGGUGUUGGCGGUAAAGUCCUUGAGCGGAACAUCUCUGUCGGAAGAGAAAAUGAGUUUAGCUCUGAGAGGUGAGCUUGUAGUAGACAAAACAAAGAGGAAAAAACGAAGAGAACUCUCUGAAGAACAGAAACAAGAAAUUAAAGAUGCUUUUGAGCUCUUUGAUACCGACAAAGACCAAGCCAUAGAUUAUCAUGAAUUAAAGGUGGCAAUGAGAGCUUUGGGUUUUGAUGUGAAAAAGGCUGAUGUACUGAAGAUUCUUAAAGACUAUGACAGAGAAGCCACCGGCAAGAUCACCUUUGAAGACUUUAGUGAAGUUGUGACAGACUGGAUAUUGGAAAGAGAUCCACAUGAAGAGAUACUGAAAGCAUUUAAACUAUUUGAUGAUGAUGAUUCAGGUAAAAUAAGCUUGAGGAAUUUGCGGCGUGUUGCCAGAGAACUGGGUGAAAACAUGAGUGAUGAAGAACUUCGGGCUAUGAUAGAAGAGUUUGAUAAAGACGGUGAUGGAGAAAUAAAUCAAGAGGAAUUCAUUGCUAUUAUGACUGGUGACAUAUAAGGAAUUACAAGAAUCAACACCAACAUGUUGCAGUUACCACCUAUAUUCUCUCUUUGUGCCUGGAGUCCUGUUUAAAAAAAAAAAAAAAA